AUGGCGGAGGAGUGUAAGUGAACAGCAAGAUGGGAACCCUCAUAUGGAAAUUAUACUUAAUUUUCAGCCUCUUGGAGAUUGUCAAUAACCUGGUUGGCAAUGCAGACGGCCAGAGUCAUGGGUGUGGUGCCGGUGGACCUCCUGCCGAGCCUGGCGCACCACUGCUCUCACUACCUGGUCACACACGAACCCUCCAGGCUUCUGGAUCCUCACCCAUCACCUUGCUCAGACUUCCGUCAGCAUCUCGACCUCCGGGACUGUGACAGUGUGCAGGGAGGUCUGCUAGAUCCUCGGAGUUGCCUCCACCUUCUGGACAACACUCACUACUCUGCCUUGCCACCACUUUCUGGUUCCUGCACCCUUGAUGUGUGCUUCAACAAGCCCAACCACAGGCGUGAUUGUGUGAGUGUGUUAUUGGAAGCUGCUCCCAAGGAUGCAUGUGUUCCUCAGCACUUGGUGGAGAACUUGGUGUAUGCUGGAGUGCCCCAUCUCCACCCAAAUUUGGACCCAAAGGUGCACCUCAUCCAUGUUCAUGACACAAUGGGUGUUGGGGAACCACUCUCACUUGUGCACAUUCAGCAACAGUUGCAGCAGAUAAAUAAAGGUUUCCCACGGCUGCCGUGUCCUGUCCUGCCUACACCCUGCCCUUCUACCAUGGACUUGCCUAUGCCAUGCGGUUCAAGAGUAGAUUCGCCCAUGUCAUCAUCAGUUCCAGCACCGAUGACUGAACACCACUGCUGGAACAUGAGCGGAGAAGGCCCUGAGCCAGGUGUGGCCUGCCUGCUCAGACCACUGUGGUUACCAUCCAAGAUAAUAAAAACAGGAGAAACAGAAAUAAGAUAUGGGGACAUCAUUGACGAUAAGGGGGUCCCUUCAAAAAAUUAUAUUGUUUUCGAUCCUCCACAUUUAGAUUUUAAAGAACAUCCAACAGGUAUGCCCCUCAUGAGAAAAGUAGUGGUGCAAAACAGCAGUCCAGAAAACAGUGUGCAGCUCCACUCGUUAUCUGGAAACACACUUCACUUCCACUGUACGUUUUUUCAAGAUAAGGUAGUGCUACCGGGUGGGAACACUUCAUUCGACGUGGUGUUUUUGGGAAGGGAGGAAGGUCUCAUAGAAAACACUAUCUUCAUUCACACCUCCAUAGGUACAUACAAAUAUGGGGUGCGAGCAGUGGGUACAGGGAAUCCCUACAGACUGAGGCCACUGGUUGGGGUUCGCAUGCCGCUCAACUCCUCGUACUCCCCUUUAAUCCAGCUGCAUAACCCACAUCCACACUCCCUACAGAUCACAGAGAUGUAUAGCACUGGGGGUGACCUGCAUUUAGAGCUGCUGUCUGGUACUCAAGAAGGCCAGAAGAAUGUAUGGAACAUCCCACCUUAUCACACACGGGCACUGAUGAGAGCCAAUUUUGUUGCUCGUAGAGAGAACAAUCACACUGCAUAUGUGAGAAUUGUAACUAGCGAAACAGACAGCGACUACCUAGUAGUGCCGGUAGAGGUGGAGGUCUCGGGUCAGCCGGGGCUCUUUUGCCCGCAUGAUGGCCUCCACUUUGGUCUUCGCACCCCUCAUGAUCCUCCCUCAUCCCUUCCCUUACAUCUUCUAAAUUCUGCUCACAAGCAUAUACACAUUCAAAAUGUGAUAACUACUCCGGUAAAUGAUGCAAUAACAAUUGACUUUAAGCCAAUGAAGAUACCACCUGGAACAGUGCGACCCACGCAAGUAGCGACAGUAACCUUCGAUCCUUCAAAAGUGAUGAGUGGAAAGAAAAUAUCUGGUAAGAUACUGAUUAAAAGUAAAGUAUCGGCUUAUAAACUAAGUGUGCCGUACACAGUAGACUUACUCCAAGGAGCUCUCCUUUAUAAUACCUCCAUCACCAAAUUUUACACGGGUGCAGAUAUUGGAUUUUCUGAAGCACAAUCAGGUGUUUCUUUCGGAACAGUGACAGGCGUUGUUGCUGCAGCAGGUGGAGGAGGAGGAGGCACAAGCAACCCAAGUAGUGAACCUCGCAACCUCACCCUUACCAACACAUUUCCUUGUCCAGUUGUUAUAUAUAACUUAACACUUCCUGACGAGGCCAAAAAACAUUUCGAGAUUGGCUGGGAUGGUCCAGUGGUAGUACAAGAGGGACAGAGUGCACAUGUAGCAGUUCUUCAGUUGCUCAGUGUUGGCACAGAUGCUCGCCUUUCUACUGUGAUUACUGUGCAUACUAAUAUUACCACUAUCAAAAUUCCAUUAAGGGCAUAUAAUGGCAAGCUGACAAAGUACAUUCCUCCACUGGGCGGUGAUUCAUGGUUAGACUUCGGGACAUUAGGCAUGGGCGAUCAGCGUGAUAUUUAUUUUUAUGUUAUUAACGAGAACCCUGUAGAGCUUCGACUACGAGGCUGGGGCUCAAACUUAACACGAAGUGCAGUGGAGCUAAUGGGAGUUGAAGAAGGCAAUGUAACAACCAUAAAAAAUCGCAACAACAUGACUUACACAUCAAAGAGUUUGUUUUUGAAGCCUAACCACUAUGCAGCAUUCAGAAUUGGAGUACUUACCCCAGACACUGAAGGUAUAUUUAUAGCAGAGUCAUUUGUACAAACACAGUUUGAGCAAAUCAAGAUUCCCUUUCGACUACGUACAGCUGAUGGCUCACUCAGUGUGGUACCAAACACACUAAUAUUCAAUAAUGCCUUUCCAGGCAGAAUAUCCUAUCAAAAUUUACACAUUCUAUCCACAUUUGGUCAUCCAAUGACAGUAAAAGAAGUCAAACCCCUACCAGCAGACACAAGGUUUUCUUAUGUGCCCAGUCAUAGUACUCCAGCCACCCUCCAACCAGGACACAAAAGUCAUAUUGGAAGGCUAGUGUUUGACCCCAAAGUUGAAUGUGGCACUGAAUGCUACACUGGGUUCCCACUAACAGGCAAAGCUGGGCAGCAAUGGGUGAAUACACUUUCUUUGACUUCACAUGUGGCAGACACCGAUACCAGCCUUUAUUCAACGUUACGAAGUCGAUAUCUCAAUCUCUCUGCAGCAAUCUUCAAUACUUCCAUAGUACUUCAUACAUCAGAGGUGCAUGGCUUUCACUUCACUGCACAGGCCGCACUGAAGUGGCCAGUUUUGUGUUCUCCUCAACACUUGAACUUACCCUUAACUCAAGUACUGAACACAAGCAUACAUGAUGUGUUUGUGGAGAACCCAGCCAGUGUGCCUGUAGUGGCACAGAUUCUGCUGCUUCAUCACUAUCCUGCAACACAACAACUCCUUUCCAUUAUACAUCAUCAAUUGCCCAGUGGACACACGCUAUUGAAUGAGGAAGGUGGUGGAGGGGGAAAUCCAAACGAUGUAUUCACCCUAAUAGAUGCUGAUAGCAUUAGUAGUGCAGGAACAAGAGGAGGAACUAUGCCACCACCUGCACCAGAGAUAAGUGGAUUGGCUCAACAUCGAAGAGCUUUAGAAGAACAAUUCAAGACCAGAGUUGCAAAGGAUAGUAUUGCCAUAAUACUUGAACCUGGAGUUAGGGUUAAAGUUUGGCUUUCCUUUACACCACCUGAUGAAAAAAUACAUACGACUGUAUUACUGGUACGGAAUAACUUGACAGUGAUAGAUGCCAUGCUAGUACAAGGCCGAGGCGGGAGAGGAUUUUUAAAAUUUGGCAAUCGCAAGCCAGGAUCAACUAUGCCUCUUGCCUUCAACAUUGGGGCCAAACACUUAAAAGACUGUGAUAAUGCCAGAAGCUCAAAAUAUUAUCAACCCAACUUUACAGUGAAGCGUUCGUUUAUGGCACGCAACACUGGGGAACUCCCCGUCCAGGUGUGGGGCUUCAACAUUAAUGACAUACCAUGCGAGGGCUAUGGGUUCAAGGUUCUUAACUGUGAGGGAUUUCAACUAGCCCCAAAUGGUAGUCACAAAAUUGAUAUUGCAUUCACACCAGACUUCACUCUCUCCAAGAUACAACAGCGGCUAGUCAUUCACACCAGUUUAGGGUUCAUAGGAGGUCUUGAUGAAGGAAUGGUUUGGGUUACCAAAGAUGAACCAGGAAGAGUUGAAUACUCUCUGGUUGCAACAGUACCCACACAUCUAUUGGCAGAAUGUGGAGCUGCAGUGCCAAGACCAACAUGGGAACCACUUCUUUAUUAUGCCAUACUUCCCCUAAUGGUUGCCAUGUUGAUUGGGGCAAUUAUUCUUUCAGCCCUAGAAGCUGACCAUAUUCUUAAGACAACAAUAAUAGCUAUGACCACCUCUUUACCUGCUAAUGGGCAUAUGCCAGGCUUUGACAAAGGUAAAGUAUUCGAUCUAAGAACGAUAAGCCAUGCAGAUUCCAAAAAUAUGUCUGUUAAAAAUGGUUUUGCCAAUGGUCACACACACAUAGAAAAUAUUAAGACUUCCAGUCCACUUAUGAAUAGCAGUAACAAGAAAAUGUCAGCAGUGUCACCAUUAGGUGAUUUAAUGACUAAUGGGCGGAAACCAUGCUCAGGAACUAGUAGUAAAAAAGUAGGCAACAAUCAGAUCACAAAUUCUAGUACAAAGUCAAAGUAUCUAAAGCAGUCUGAUUCUAAGUCAUGUCAGUCUGUUGGAGAUGAUUUCUCUGGUAUAUCUGAUAAUCCUACCAUGCAAAAUCAAAGUAAAAGUAGCAAAGGAAAAGGCAGUAAUACCAAAGGAAACAACAGAAGUUUAGAAUCUAUGUCAUGGGCUAGAUUUUUUCAGAGAGCUGUGGGUAAAAAGGAUGAAAGCAACACAGAAACUAGUGAUUCAUCAGUUGGCAAGAAAUCUUCAAAUGCUUCUAAUAGAGAUGAUUCUUCAAUACAGAAACAGUCUGUGGGUACAGAAACUGAUUUACACAUUGUCGAAGCCUAUCCCAAGUUAAGAAGACGCAUUAAACAAAGCAAUGAAGAAGAAACGUCUUCAACAACAACAGAAAGUUCAAAUACUGAUGACUUGUCAAUCAGUGAGCGGGAUACUCAAUCAAGCAAAUCGUCAGAUAUGACCACAUCUAGUCAGAGUGGGAAGACAACUAAGAGAAGGGCUUGUAAGACUAAAACUUCAGGCAGUAAAAGCCCUCCUAGCCAAGGCUCUCACACAACAAACCAAAAUGAAGAUAAUUCUGGUUUUGAAAUUAGUACCAAAUAUAAAGGGUUAAAAAGAUGUAAAGAUCCAGCAGGGCGUAACUUUGGAGGAGACAUUUUCCAGCCUAAUACACUUGAGCUGCCAUACACACUCAAGCCUAUACGCAAUAGAGAAUCUGAUCGAGACAGAGACAAUCAUAAAACAGCUAGAACAAAUGCUAUUAAAAGUGCUGACUCAAGCGAGAGCGUGGGUAGUGGUAGGUCAUCUCCAACACCUAACUGGGAAGAAGCACGACAGCCAUCAGUAGAUAGCUUGUCAGACUUACCGACUGCAAAUUUCACAGCCUCGCAUCAAAAACUUCCAUCUCAAACACAGCCAUUGGCACCCAGAGAGUCCUCUUACUCGGCUAUACUGUUAGGCACAGAUAAGCAGAAAGCUAAAGUGACACCAUUUGCUAAGGUUCCACCAGAAGUGAAGAGAGUUGAGAAACCUUUGGGAGUAAUUGGCCAGAAAGUAAAUAAUGUUAGCAACAAUAACAACAGCAGUAAUAAUAAUUUGGGCACACUGCGUGGGGUGCCAAGUCCUGCAACAAGUGCUGCUGUUUCUUCGAUGUCCUCUGCUCCAUUUUUUGCUGAAUCUGACAAUUAUUCUCACCGCCUGAAGGAAGAUUCUUAUUCACGAAUUGUGUAUAAUGGCUACGUGGAUAAUGCAUCUCUAGUUGCUAGUCAGACUGGUAACAGCAUUCACUCCUGGGAUCCUAAGACGCUGAGUGCUCCGACCUUGAGACCACCACCUGGGUUAGCUCAGUCACAUGAUAAUGUACAUCGACAUGGUUCUCUUUCAGAUGAGGAAAGGCCACAUUACUGCCCUCCACAGGUUGGAGGUUCACUUUGGCCUGAUGGGAGUGGUUAUCAUGAUGGAAUAGUUCUCAACUCUGGCAAUACACCUGCACCAAGCAUGUGGGAUACACUAUCAAACAUUUGGUCACCACCUUUCUCAUCUUCAAGUCAAGGAUCAUCUCCCCAGUCUUCACCACCAUCUCCCUGGGGAACAACACUUUCUCAAGCACCAUCAUCUGGAGUAACUGAUGCUAGUGGGGCUGUAUCAAAGGGACUUGGUUUUGAUCCAUUCUGUUCUGUCAAUAACAUUUGGUCUGCACCAGCCAACCACUCUGGUGACUUGUGGGCACCACCAAAUUCUAAGAAGGAGGUUUAAUCUUGUGUGCAACGUAUGUUUGUUUUACAUCCUUACCGAUCAUGCUGCAUAGUUCAUCUAAAAGAACACAAAAAGUAAAUUUUUAUCUGUUGAUUUUUUACACUUAAAAAAAAAGAUAAUAAUGAUGAGCAGGCCUCUGCAUUAUCUUUUAUGAUAUGGUAUGUUUCUAAAAAAAAAAAAUUUUGUUUUAUGAAUUUGACUGGUUUACUUUUUAUAGUCAUAUGGAGUUAAAUUCCAUAUUAGUUAGGAUGGCCUUUUACUUAAUGAAGUAUAUUUGUUCUAUAUUACAAAAGUUUUAUUUGCAAGGGCAAUUUGUCACCUAUGGUAAAUGACCAAUUACACAGGCAGUGUGUUCAUUCGGUUUUGAGAAGAAAAUCUCAAAUUUAGCUACAAACACAGUUAUGCACUAAAGAAUAUAAUUAAAUGAUAAAUGCUUGUUUAUAUUUUAAUAGUCAUUCUCAAUAACAAUGAUAUUGUUAUAACAGAUUUGAAGAAGUCACUUUUAUUUGAUUACAAAAAGAAUAUUAAAUCUUUUGUAAUAAUUUUGACAAGUUUUUAGUUCACACGGCUCUCAUAUAGAGUGAAGACUUUUUAUUUACUGUAAUCUUUGUGCCAUAUUGAAAGAUUUGCUAUAUGCAAUUGUUGCUGGUUGUGUGCAGAACAAAUUAACUUUUUUUUUUUUUUAACUCAGCCAUGCCAUUGCUAUUAUAAAUCAAUGCAUUGAUUGACUUUGAUUGAAAUAUUUUCAAUCUUAAAUUAUUCACAUGCUUGUAAUAUCAGCCUCAAAGAUGGAUGUCCUGAAAAUGAAGAUAGGCAAUUUUCAGGUCUGUUAUUCAGCCCAUCCUGGUAGUCAGUAUUUCAGAGGUGGUAAAGGUACAGUCCGAUGAGGAACUUUAUUGUUACCUAACUAGACAACUUGACCAGCUAUUUUUUUGCAUCCCAUCAUGAGCAAACUAUUUAGAAGCAAGUGUUGUGAUUAUAUAUUAUGCAACAUCAUCACAAAACAGUGAUAUCUUAAUAUUCGGUUUGAACACAAUGAAAUGAAAAAUUCAAAGUGUAUAGAGCAUAUUCUAUAUCAAACAUUCUCAAAGAACAUAGUGGAGAUUAGCAAUGUGUGACCUGUAUUCAAGAUCACACCUUACCUAUGGACUUGACUCAAAUUGUGUGGCACAUUAAGCCGGAGUGUGAUCUGAUCUGUCAACAUAGCCUGAAACUUGGAAAUUUUAUUAAUUAUGAAUGUAUCCAGCUUACAAGUCAGAUUAUAAUCAUCACUGGUUUUAAUAUAACUUCAUUGUUUCAUCCAAACAUUGAUAUGCACGUUUGUUUAGUUUUGAACCAUUCGAUAGAAAAAUUAAAACCACUUACAUUAAAAACUAGCAUUCACAUCUUGGUCAGGUGUGUUUUCUAACACAAAUAUAACUUAGAUCUGACCAGGAUUCCAAUGCUUUAUUUAUUGUACAAUUUUAAAAACACAUGGCUGGUUAAGAUGCUAAAAAAAAUUUACAUUCAGGUCAAUGGCUGAACAAAAUGAAUUGCUAUUUGUAAUCUCAGCCUUAGUUCAGGACUACGAGCCAGAUAAAAUCAUAAUUAUAAUCAUAAUGUUUGAAGUUAUAUGACAGGAAAAAUCACCUUUUACUUCAGUGUAUCUCAUAAUUUGUAUCAUGUCUGUCAGGUACAGUCCUCCUGUACAUAAAGCCACACACUUCACUAUAUUUCUUAAGAAUUUAAGUGAUAUAUAAUGAACACUUUGAAAACUUGAAAUUUGGUUUUUCUUACAACUGUGGUAAAAUUCAUAUUAAGUUUUCACAUUUACUUGAGAUUUUGUUGUAUGCUCAAAUAUAUAUAACAUAAAAAUUUAAUGCUUGAGAGAAAGCCUGUGAAACAAAAUAGACAACAGGCUUGGUCAUCUUGUCUUGGCUGUACCCAGAACCUAGUAAGCCAACCAGUAUUGUGUAUGCCCACUCAGUAUUUGAUUAUACUCAGAUAUGGAAACCCCAUAAUUCUAGUUUCCUACUAUCAAGAACUCUAGACUGAGCAGAUUGUCAAGACAUACCAAGAGUGUUUUUGAUGGACAAAUAAAAUGAAGAAUUUAA